CAUUUCGACCAAUCAGAGCCUCUGCAGGGCUGUGACGUGAAGGGGAUGUGUCGACUUAUGGGUGGGGAUCUAGUGAACCUAAAAACUGGUCCCUCCAUCAGGAAGCCCGCAUAGACCGCUUCUGAAUACAUCCACCGGCUCAGUUCAACGUGGAACAACCUGCUGACCCUGCAUCACGUUUCACCAUGCUGUCCUUUUCCGAGAUUGUGUCUGGCUACGAGGAGUGUCGGACCACAGCUGAUUGGCUGCUGUCCAGCAUACAGGUGCGGCCCACUGUGGGAAUUGUCUGUGGUUCAGGUUUGGGGGGACUGGCUGAGAUGAUCAAGGACCCACAGGUCUUCAAAUACUGUGACAUUCCCAACUUCCCCCGGAGCACAGUGCAUGGUCAUGCUGGCCAGCUGGUGUUUGGAACUCUUAAAGGGAAGCCAUGUGUUUGCAUGCAGGGCAGGUUCCACCUGUACGAGGGCUACUCCAUCCAGAAGAUUACGCUGCCCAUGCGUGUCUUCAAGCUGAUGGGCGUGGAGACGAUCAUCCUGACCAACGCGGCUGGAGGCCUCAACCAGGACUACAAAGUGGGAGACGUCAUGAUCCUCAAGGACCACAUCAACAUGCCGGGGUUCGCUGGAAUCAACCCGCUGGCUGGACCAAAUGAUGACAGGUUCGGCGUCCGUUUCCCCUGCAUGUCUGACGCCUAUGACCGCGAGCUGCGUCAGUUGGCUCGUGAUGUGGCAUCAGAGCUGGGCUACGACAACUUUCUGCGGGAGGGGGUGUACUGCGUCCUGGGAGGUCCCUCCUUCGAAACCAUUGCUGAGUGUCGCAUGCUGCACAGUCUGGGUGCAGAUGCUGUUGGGAUGAGCACCGUGCAUGAGGCAAUCGUGGCCCACCACGCCGGGAUGCGUGUCUUUGCCCUAUCACUAAUCACCAACCGCUCGGUGAUGGACUACGACAGCCAGGAGAAGGCCAACCACGAAGAAGUGCUGGAGACAGGCAGGCAGAGGGCCAAGCACCUGGAGAAGCUGGUGUCCACCAUGGUGGCCCGGCUGGAUGAACGCCUUCUGAACAUGUGACACCGCUGUCAAGCUCCAUCUCCGCCAGACAGCACACUUAUUAGAACGCUAAAAACAGCUGGAGAGUUAUAAGAUGUACUUAAUACUUAAUACAUGAAAUAAGUUUCUUUGCUUUGUUUCCACUGACUAUGUCUAGUCUUGAAAAAUCCUGGAAACUGGUUUCUACACUCCUUUGUCAGAAACGUUUACAAUUUUUUAAGUGUACAGAUAAAUAAUUAGAAAGUUUUAGACCAAUGCCCUGCUGUGAUGUCUUAAUGUAUUCAGCUGACUGUUUCAGUGAAACAGUAUUGAUUGUAAAUUCUAAAGUAAUACUUUUUAAAAUUAAAUUAAAUAUACUUAUUUAUUAUUCCUUUCAGUUCUUUUACAUUCCCAGAUAUCACAUAACUAAUAUGAAUACAUUUUCACAUUAUUUACUGUAGAACGCCGGCACAUCGCUCACGUCUUAAUGAGAUUACGGUGGAAAGGUGGGAAUAAUAAUUUUAUAAUGGUAAAAAAAGAAAUGUAAAAUAUUCUAAACUUUUUAUACUAUUUGUAUUUGAGUGGCGUUUUUAUUGGCUUUAAUAUUAUAUUGACAGUUUGAUGAACAGUUGGUGAAAAGGGAUUAUAACCUGCAUGGCCAAAGUCAAAAUCUCCUUCCAUGUCUAAUCACUGAUAGCAGACUGGGCUCUGUGAUUUCAGAGGUACUUUACUAAACACUGCUAAAAGUAUGGAUCUACUUUUACAAUAAAGUGACUAAACUUUAAAA